GCGCUGCUUGGGGAGCGCGUGCUCAACGCGUCCGCCGAGGCUCAGCGCGCCGCCGCCCGCUUCCACCAGCUGGACGUCAAGUUUCGCGAGCUGGCGCAGCUUGUCACCCAGCAGAGCAGUCUCAUCGCCCGCCUGGAGCGCCUGUGCCCGGGAGGCGCGGGCGGGCAGCAGCAGGUCCUGCCACCACCCCCACUGGUGCCUGUGGUUCCGGUCCGUCUUGUGGGUAGCACCAAUGACACCAGUAGGAUGCUGGACCCAGUCCCAGAGCCCCAGAGAGACCAGACCCAGAGACAGCAGGAGCCCCUGGGUUCUCCCAUCCCUGCAGGUCAACCUGCUGUCCCCACCAAGCCUGUGGGCCCAUGGCAGGAUUGUGCAGAGGCCCGCCAGGCAGGCCAUGAACAGAGUGGAGUGUAUGAACUGCGAGUGGGCCGGCAUGUGGUGUCAGCAUGGUGUGAGCAGCAGCUGGAGGGUGGAGGCUGGACUGUGAUCCAGCGGAGGCAAGAUGGUUCAGUCAACUUCUUCACUACCUGGCAGCACUAUAAGGCGGGCUUUGGGCGGCCAGACGGAGAAUACUGGCUGGGCCUUGAACCCGUGUAUCAGCUGACCAGCCGUGGGGACCAUGAGCUGCUGGUUCUCCUGGAAGACUGGGGGGGCCGUGGAGCACGUGCCCACUAUGAUGGCUUCUCCCUGGAACCUGAGAGCGAUCACUACCGCCUGCGGCUUGGCCAGUACCAUGGUGAUGCUGGAGACUCUCUUUCCUGGCACAAUGACAAGCCCUUCAGCACCGUGGAUAGGGACCGAGACUCUUAUUCUGGUAACUGUGCCCUGUACCAGCGGGGAGGCUGGUGGUACCAUGCCUGUGCCCACUCCAACCUCAACGGUGUGUGGCACCGCGGCGGCCACUACCGAAGCCGCUACCAGGAUGGUGUCUACUGGGCUGAGUUUCGUGGUGGAGCAUACUCUCUCAGGAAGGCCGCCAUGCUCAUUCGGCCCCUGAAGCUGUGACUCUCUGUUCCUCUGUCCCCUAGGCCCCAGGGGACAUUGGUCAGCAGGAACUCAAGUUGUCCUGGCCACACCUUCUUUGUGGCUCAGUGCCAGUGUGUCCCACAGAACCUCCCACUGUGGAUCUGUGACCCUGGGUGCUGAAAAUGGGCCCCAGGAAUCCCCCCCUGUCAAUAUCUUGGCCCCAGAUGGCUCCCCAAGGUCAUUCAUAUCUCGGUUUGAGCUCAUAUCUUAUAAUAACACAAAGUAGCCACAG